AUGUGCCUGGAUCAGCCGAACUCGGCUCUGGACCAAUACGGUCGCGCGGCCGAGAAGUUCCCCGGGGAGACCCACAUUUUGGUGGGCCUGGCCAGGACCUACGAUAUGCUGAACGCACUCCUGCGCGGGGUGAGCUUUUACAAGAAGGUCUUGCAGUACGACGCCGUGAACUCGGAGGCCAUCGCCUGCCUGGCGUCCCAUCACUUCUACACGGACCAGCCGGAGCUGGCGCUGCGCUUCUACCGGCGGAUGCUGCAAAACGGGGUGGCCUCCGCCGAGCUUUGGAACAACAUGGGGCUUUGCUGCUUCUAUGCCGGGCAGUACGACCUCACGCUGAGCUGUUUCGAGCGUGCGUUGAUGCUCUCAGAUGACAACAACAUGGCGGAUGUAUGGUACAACAUAGGGCAGGUUGCCAUCGGCGUGGGGGAUUUGGGCCUGGCCUACCAAGCCUUCAAGAUCGCCAUCAGCGUGGAUCCAAACCACGCAGAGAGCUACAACAACAUCGGAGUCCUCGAGCUGCGCAAGGGCAACGUGGAGCAGGCGCAGGCGCACUUCGGCACAGCCAUGCGGCUGGCGCUGCACCUCUUCGAGCCGGCCUUCAACGGGGGCUUGUUGGCCUUCAAGCUGGGAGAGUUCCAGGACAGCUUCGAGCUGGCCAACAAGGCCCUGGAGGCAUACCCAGAGCACAUUGAGAGCAAAGAGCUCAUCAAGCAGCUGAAGGCUCACUUCUCCUCAUUGUAG